AUGGAUACUUCUGUGCGGUGGUUUGCCUCUGCUCCCUGCAGCAGAAACACAGCAGCAGCAGCAGCAGCAGCAGCAGCAGCAGAAGCAGCAGAUGGAGCAGCAGCAACUGCAGCAACAACCGGAAACAGAAGAAGAGACACGGCAGAAGUAGCAGCAGCAGCAGCAGCAGCAGCAACAGCAGCGACAACAAAAACAACAGCAACAGCAGCAGCAGAUAGUGCAGCAGCAACAACACCGACAGUAAUAGCAGCAACAGCAGCAGCAAGAACACUGCCAGAAACAGCAGCAGCAGCAGCAACUGCAGCAGCAGCAGCAGCAGCAGCAGCAACACUGCAGCAGCAGCAGCAACAGCAGCAACAACAAAUAGAAGCAGCAGCAACAACAGCAGCAGCAACAAUACCAAUAGCAGUAGCAGCAACAGCAGCAGAGCCGAACAAAACAACAGAAACAACAGCAACAGCAGCAGCAGACAGUGCAGCAGCAACAGCAACACCAACAGCUGCAGCAACAGCAGACGCAGCAGCAACCACACCGAUAUCAGUAACAGCAACAGCAGCAGCAAGAACACUGCCAGCAGCAGCAGCAACAGCAGCAGCAGCAGCAGCAGCAGCAGCAGCAACAGCAGCAGCAGCAGCAGCAACACGCCAUAGUGCUAAGAGCUGCACCAUCUUAUAG